AUGGAUCUGGGUUGCUUGGACUUAGGUUGCAUGGAGAAGCAGAGAAAAGAAACCUUUCUUGAUUCAGGGAACAAUGCAGGCGAGUCUGUAAUGUCGGCGUCGAAGGUCGGAAAGAACAAGGGAUUGAAAGAGGCUGGCCAGUCUAAUGGGACUGCUCUAAAAAAAUUCACAUCACAAGUUAAAAAGCCCCCUCAUCGUAAAACUUCACCUCUCAACUGGUUCCCACGCAAAAAGGUGGACUCCUACUUGAAAAGGAAAAUAAAAUUGCUACAGGAAGUUGGUGGCAUGAAUUCAACUCUUGAUGAGACUCUGGGUGAUUCAAAUCUUCACUACUCAAAAGUCUUGAGAGAAAAAAUUGCAGUUAGAGAGGCUGCACACAAGGCAAUGGAGGCUCGUAAGGCUGCAAUGGUGGAAGCAUCCUGGUGUCGAAUACUUCGAGCUGCCAGGAUAGACAGUAAGGAAGCAGAAGCUCUGCUGUUGAAAGCAGAAAAAAGUGCAGCUGAAGCUUUUGAGGCUGCAACGUCUAGUGGGGUGAUCCUGUAUGAUGUACCAGAUUGCUCUGAAAAGCACUAUGAAAUAAAAAUGUCAUCUACUGAUGGAGGAGGAUCUACUACCCAUACUGUUAAGGCAUCAUUUGAAACUGCAUUUGAGGUGGAUAAACAGGUAGCUACAGCAGUAAAAACUGCAUUUAUUAGGCUUGCCAAUUGUUCUUCCAUGAAUAGAGAUGAGUUUAAAGAACUGCUCCGAAAAAUCAGUGAGAACCCUGAUACAGAUGAAAAUACUCAGGAUAUAUCCGAAUUCUCUUCAGACUGUGAAUCAGAUACUGGGUCAGAACUUGAAUCAGGAUCUUACAAGGAUGGUUUUAGCUCUGCAAACUUAAAUCCUGAGAUGGAUGGUUCCAAAAGUAAAUACAAAAAGAGGCAGGUGUCUGAAAAGUUUAAUUUGACAAAGCUUGUUGAUAUGAUGCUUGAAAGGCUGAAACAUUUGCAAGAAGAUGAACUUGCUUCUCUCGCCACUAUCGUUGCAACCUGUGGUUUAAAUGCUGCUUUAGCUGAAGCAGAAAUUAGCAAGCAGCUUGAUUUAGGAUCUGCAGCCGAUUAUACCUCUGUCUCAUCAGGUAACAUUUCCAGAAGAAUGUCUUCCUUUGGAGCUGGAACAGCAAGGAACUCUAAUGUUGAGGGACAGAUGAGAAGGAAUCAUAUUGAGGCAGAAAUUCCUAGUCUAGACAAGUUCUUGGUGAAGCGCUUAACAAGACUUGAAAGAGAGGUGCAAGACGCCAAGAAUGCUAGAAACAACGAGGCCAGGGAACGAACUGAUGAGAAGCCAGAUAAAUCAGAUGAUGAGAAGGCAUGCUUAGGUGAUACUAUGAGUUUAUCUGACACCGAUCAGGACCUGGGAAGUAUUCUUAUGAAGCAUUCUUCUAAGUUUGAGAAGGAGAUUGCAGAGGCGAAGAAGAAUUCAGGGCAGCUGUUUGAAAAGGACCAUAAGAAAUCACAAAUAUCUUGUAAUGGUGGAAUGGGCCACACAAAUCAAGAUGUUUCAGAAGUCCCUAGUCUAGAUAAGUUUCUGGUGAAGAAUGUCUCAAAACUUGAAAAAGAGGUCCAAGAAGCAAAGAACAGGAGGAGAAUUGAGCUAAUUGAAGGAGGUAAGGUUAAUGACUUGAGCAAGAAAACCUCUUUAAUCACUUCUGAUAGAGGCCGUAUCGAAAAAGAAAAUAUUGAUCUGAACAUGAAUGUUGAAUUCCAUGGGAAGCAAAAAGAAGUCACACCAACUCUGCCCCUGCAAAAUACCAGAGACUCCUCAGGUGAGUCUUUGAUUGGAAAUGAUGAAGGCAAUGAUGCAGAAAAUAGCCUGGACAAAAUCCUACUCAAGCCAGUACAUCGCUUGGAGAGGGAAAAGAUGCUAGCAAAGUCAUCGAGUGACUUCGAAAAUCUGCAGUCCCGAAAAAAACCAGGAGGAAACAGAGUCGCAUGGAAUGGAAGCUUGGAUGAAGUUAUGGUAAAGCAUGUCUCCAGACUGGAGAAAGAAAAAAUGGAGCUUGGUACAAAGGAAGAAGUGGUGAUGAAGGUGAAGAGAAGGGAUGCAAACAUACAGUUGGAGAAGAGUGAAGGUAGUUUGGACCAAGUUUUGGUGAAACAUAAGUCAAGACUUGAGAGGGAAAAGAUGAAUGCUGCUCAGCAGCCAGAUGAUCGGGUUAAGCAUUCAGUUGCUCUCCGAGAAGCAAGGCAGAGAGAGUUACAAGAAGCAUGGGGAGGCUUGAGUUUGGGAAACUCUAUCCGUCCACAUAUUUCUAGGCUUGAACGCGACAAGGCUGCUUGGGUUAAAGCUGAAGAAGAGGAAAGAAGGAGAGCUGUGGAAGAGGUGUGAGGUAGACAUUAUUUCACUUGUUGAUUCUGUUUUCCUGAGGCUUCUGUAAUACACAAGUUGCAGAAAAAUCUCUGGUAAUUUUGUUCUGUGUAUGGGAAACAAUUGUUAGUUGUGGCAGACACAAUACACAAGCUUUCUCCUGCUUGCAAUUAAGGGGUCAUAAUGAGUUUUUCUGUAUAUUUUUUUUUCUCCCCUCCAUGCUUUAUAUGUAGAAUAUGUCAUGUUCUUUAUCUGAUUUCUUAUAAUGUUCCUUGCAAUUGCCCUUUAGAAAAACCAUCUUAAGUCAAACCACUCUACCGUUGGCCCCCUACGUAUGAAAGGAAUGAAAGGGUUGUUAUCUUUUGACAGGGUUGAAUUGAUCUAGG